CUAAAAUACAUAACACAAAUUCCUGUCAACGGACCGCACCGAUCUGAACCGGGGCGACCACACAAUUUUACUCGUGACUCUGAAGCCAAAAGGCAGGGUAGGCUUCUGUGACAGGCUCAGACAGGCUCUGUGAUGUCCCAGCACAAACUGUUUCUCCUGAGGCACGGAGAAGGAGCGUGGAACAAGGAGAACCGCUUCUGCAGCUGGGUGGACCAGAAGCUGAGCGAGGACGGGGUGAAGGAGGCGCAGGAGUGCGGGAGGCUGCUGAAGGCGCAGGGCUACAGGUUCGACCUGGUGUACACCUCCAUCCUCAGCCGCUCCGUGCAGACGGCCUGGCUGGUGCUGGAGGCCAUGGGGCAGGAGUGGGUGCCCGUGGUCAAGUCCUGGCGUCUGAACGAGCGGCACUACGGGGCGCUGAUCGGGCUCAACCGGGCCGAGAUGGCCGCCAUCCACGGCGAGGAGCAGGUGAAAAUCUGGAGGAGGAGCUACGACGUCACACCCCCUCCCAUCGAAGAAUCCCAUCCCUACUACUGUGAAAUAUACAACGACCGCAGGUACAACACCUGUGACAUGCCCAAGGAGAAUCUGCCGCGCGCGGAGAGCCUGAAGGAAGUCCUGGACAGGCUGCUGCCCUACUGGCACAAUGUCAUCGUGCCGGAGAUCAAGAGCGGCCGCACCGUGCUCAUUUCGGCUCAUGGGAACAGCUGCAGGGCCCUGCUCAAACACCUGGAAGGGAUCUCGGACGCAGACAUUGCUGGUGUAACUUUACCCACAGGGAUACCAGUUUUGCUGGAGCUGGAUGCAGAUCUGAAGCCAGUGAAGCUGCAUGAGCUCCUGGGAGAUCAGGCAAAGAUUCAGGCAGCUAUCAAAAAAGUGGAGGACCAGGGGAAGGCCGCGCCAGCAGGCAAAUAAGGGACGCGAUGGCAAAGAGGCGUCAGAGUGGUUUCACUUUUCACGUACAGGUGCUUGGCCCUGUUUAGUUCUCACUAUAUGUAUGUGCAGGUGUUUUAUGAAAUAGUUUGUCUAAGCUAUACCUUACUAUUAUUUUUCAGCAGUACGGUACGUGCUGCAAAGAUGUGUAAGGACUGCAACAAAAUGUUUACAGUAAUAUUGUUUGGUUACACUUUGGUUUGUCUUGCACGCUGUUGUAUGUUAAA